AUGACUCAAGGUGGAUAUCGUGCAGGCAAGUCCUCAGAUAGGAGUAAGACUGCUAAUCAUGCAAUAACUCCUUCUAUUCUAGCUCCAGUUCUUGAACAGGAUGAUACCACUUCUAUUCUUAUCAAUCUGUCAUCCAAUCAAACACUACUGCCCAAUAGUACAUCAUUGGUUCAAAUGUUGGGAGAAAGAAAUACCCCGAUCAUUUUUGAGACAUCUGUUGUUACACCUAACCAAAGCAGCCCAACAAGCGAGAAUAUGAAUUUUCAAAGCAACACAGCAGCUGAGGGAACAUCUAGUCAGAGAAAUGUAUCGGGUUUAGCUGAUUUCAAUUUUAGCAAUGGCUGGACCCUUAUUUAUCUAACUUCUUCAGGGUUGGAACCUUCUUCAAAAUGCUUUAGUUUCAUUACAUUAUCUUUCAAAAGUGAAGUUGAUCUCAAUGUGAUCAAUCUGAAAGGUGUCUCAAAAGAUGUCAAAUAUGAUUAUUUUGGAGAGUUCAAGAAGAAAUUCAAUUGGGAUGCUUCUGUUAGUGAAGAAGUGGUGAUGCAACAAUGGUUGAAGAAAGAUACAUUAUGCUACAAGAAUUUCAUUUCUAAUAUCAAGAAACAUAGAGCUACAGUUCAACCAGAAUUUGUAAAUGGCCAUGUGUGA